AUUUUUUGUUUAGCUGUCAAAUCAGUAAAAUUAAAAUUUGCCUUUUUGCAAAAGGAACUAAGAAGUUGAGGGCUUUAAUUUUUUUAACAGUAAAUUAUUAUGUUAAAUAAUACAUGGGGAAAAGUAUGGAAAUUGCACUCAAACUCAAUUCGAAAUCUAAGUCAAGCAAAGGAAUUAUAUCAAAAAGUUUCGAUAUUAACUAAUAAAAAUGAUGAUUACGAAACGCAUGAUGGAAACUCUAUUGAAAAAGAGAUCUUAAAACAUCCAGAUUACUUUGAAGUUCAUAAUUUAUUUACUGUCAAAGAUUUAUUUGAUUCUCGAGUCCACUAUGGACAUAAAGAAGGAUCUUUAAAUGAAAGAAUGUUGCCAUAUGUAUAUGGAUCAAGAUUAGGUCAUAUUGUUUUUGAUUUAGAUAAAACAGCAAAACUUCUUCGAGAGGCUUUAAAUUUUGCAGCUCAUAUUGCUUUUCGGGAUGGUGUAAUUGUAUUUUUCAAUAGGAAUGCCCUUAAUUCACAUAUUGUGGAAAAGAAAGCGAUGGAAGCUGGAGAAUUUUCACACACAAGGUUUUGGCGAGGAGGCAUCUUUACAAAUGCAAAUGUUCAAUUUGGUGCUGUGACUCGAUUACCCGAUUUGUGUAUAUUUUUCAAUACACAAAAUAAUAUCCUAAGUCAACAUACUGCAAUUAGAGACGCAGCUAAAAUGGGAAUACCCACUAUUGGAAUAGUCGAUUCUAACUGUAACCCAAAUCUGAUUACAUAUCCAGUUCCAGGCAAUGACGAUUCUCCAGCAGCUAUUAUGACGUAUUGCAAUUUAUUUAAGGAAGCCAUUCUUCGUGGAAAAAGAAAGCGUGUUGAAAUGUUAAGCUAGUCCUUUAACAUAUUGUUUUUGAAUUUUUUUAAUUUUGCAUUUCUGCAUACAUAUAUGAAUGCUGUAAAUCACAGAUUUUCAUCCACAGUGUACAAGGUCAUGAUAAUAUUGAAAUGUAUUUUUUUAAAUACAUAUGUUUGUAUCUAUUUCUACGAUGUCCUCUAUAUUCAAUUUCUAUUUAGCAUGCACAUUGAAUUUUGUAUAUUUUUUAUGAAAAUCUUUUCAACACGAAUUGUAUGUUAUAUAUUGGUCAAAAUAACGUCGAUAGAUCAGUAAUAAAGAAACUUUUGUUAAAAUUGAAUAUAUUUACAAUUGAA